GAGAGCCCGCCCCGCCCGUCGGUGGGCGCCUCCCAGCUCCGCUCGCGUCUAUGGAGGAAAAGCCCUGCGUCGGCUCGGCGAGUCCCAUGGCCGCAGCCGCCUGCGGCACCAAGGCCAUGUCCCUCUUCAAGCGGACCUGGGUGCUCAGCCCCGCCGCGGGGCCCCGGGGCACGGGCACGGGCAACCCGCCGCGCGGCUGCCCCUUGCCUCCCGCCGCCUGGCCCUCCAAGGACUGGCCGCGAGGAGAGGGCGUGUGCGGCAGGCUGCGGACCCCCACGGCCGCCGGCCGCCUGCCCCCGUCCCACUGCUGCGCCUCCACGUCCCCCACCUCCGCCUGUCUGCUCUGCCCGCAGGACUCGCUCAGCAGCAGCUUGAAAACUUGCUACAAGUAUCUCAAUCAGACCAGUCGCAGCUUCGCAGCUGUUAUCCAGGCGCUGGAUGGGGAAAUGCGCCAUGCAGUGUGCAUAUUUUAUCUGGUUCUGCGAGCUCUGGACACUCUGGAAGACGACAUGACCAUCAGUGUAGAGAAGAAGGUCCCACUGCUGCACAACUUUCACUCUUUCCUUUAUGAGCCCGACUGGCGGUUCAUGGAGAGCAAGGAGAAGGAUCGACAAGUGCUCGAGGACUUCCCAACGAUCUCCCUUGAGUUUAGAAAUCUGGCUGAGAAAUAUCAAACAGUGAUUGUUGACAUUUGCCGGAAAAUGGGGAUUGGGAUGGCGGAGUUUUUGGAUAAGGAUGUAACGUCUGAACGAGAAUGGGACAAGUACUGUCACUAUGUUGCCGGGCUGGUGGGAAUUGGCCUUUCCCGUCUGUUCUCGGCCUCAGAGCUAGAAGACCCCUUAGUUGGUGAAGAUGAAGAGCGUGCCAACUCUAUGGGCCUGUUUCUGCAGAAAACAAACAUCAUUCGUGAUUAUCUGGAAGACCAGCGAGAAGGAAGAGAGUUUUGGCCUCAAGAGGUUUGGAGCAAGUAUGUUAAGAAGUUGGGUGAUUUUGCUAAGCCAGAGAAUAUUGACUUGGCUGUGCAAUGCCUGAACGAACUUAUAACCAACGCCCUACACCACAUCCCAGACGUCAUCACCUACCUUUCAAGACUUAGAAACCAAAGUGUGUUUAACUUCUGUGCUAUUCCACAGGUGAUGGCCAUUGCUACUUUGGCUGCCUGUUAUAAUAAUCAGCAGGUGUUCAAAGGGGUAGUGAAGAUUCGAAAAGGACAAGCAGUGACCUUAAUGAUGGAUGCCACCAAUAUGCCGGCUGUCAAAGCUAUAAUAUACCAGUAUAUGGAAGAGAUUUAUCAUAGAAUCCCCAACUCAGACCCAUCUUCUGGUAAAACAAGGCAGAUCAUCUCCAGGAUCAGGACACAGAAUCUUCCCAAUUGUCAGCUGAUCUCCCGAAGCCACUACUCCCCCAUCUACCUGUCGUUUGUCAUGCUCUUGGCUGCCCUGAGUUGGCAGUACCUGAGCACCCUGUCCCAGGUCACAGAAGACUAUGUUCAGACCGGAGAACGCUGAUCUGGAAUCGGUCUGGAAGCUGAGGUUCACCAUGACGUGGAUUGAUUUUCUUCAUGGAUGGAUAUUGGCUUCCCCUCCUCUGUUCCCUCCUGCUUUAAUCUCUAAAAGAACUCUGUGGGCUUGGACCAUUAGAAACUGUGACAUGCAGUUGAGAAGAAGAUAAGAAUAGAAGGGAAGGAUGCCUCAUCCUCAGCUGCCUGGGGAUGCUCGUGGGUGCUGCUCACCUCUGCACAUGGGGGCUGAUGGCAGAGCACCCACUGCCGUGGGUUCGGGGAAGUGGUUGCAUAUGGGCCUGCUGGGAGGUCUUAUUUAGUGUGAAUCUUGGCAAGGAUUAUAAUUAAAUGUAUUUAAUUUGAAGCAACCUUUCAAUAUCUAUUCUAGUAGAAAAUGAAGUGAAUUUUCUUUCUGUUCCA